AUCGGCGUCUUUUUAGCAAGCCAAGAAACAAAAGCCGUCUCGACGCUUAUAAGAGGUUCGCAGGAGAGCUAGGGUUUGGUUUCUUUCAUUUCGGGGGAGGAGGAAAACCCUAGCAGGGAGAGAUCGUGGUUUUAAUCAGGGAGAGGGAUGGCGAAGUCGAAGAAUCACACGGCUCACAACCAAUCGUAUAAGGCCCACAAGAACGGGAUUAAGAAGCCCAGGAGGCACAGGAACACCUCCACCAAAGGGAUGGAUCCCAAGUUUUUGAGAAACCAGAGGUAUGCCAGAAAGCACAACAAGCAGGGAGGUGGAUCUUCCAUGGAGGAAGAGUAGAAUUUGAUCCGUAAGUUGCUGGGGUCUGUGCCCUUGUUUAUUUCCCCUUAGGUGAAAUUUAGAUGGGUUAAUUUGAAGUUCUGAUGCCGAAUGUAUGAAGCUAGCUGGCACUUUCGUAUUUUCUGGUAGUUUUCUUAUUAGAUAUUGGAAAUCUAUUUUGACAA